AUGAGCCACAAAGUUGCGGACGUGUACCUGAAGUGGCUGCAAGGUGGGGCCUUGUUUCCAGACUACUUUCCCGUGUACAACACAAGCUGCAGUGAGGUGCAGGCGCAAUACCGCGUCGCCAUUGCUUCCUUCAUCGGCCACAUGUGCGUCUGA